AUGCCGCCCUCCAGCGACGACGAGAUUCCCCUCUCCAGGCGUGGUGCACACACCUUUGACCUCAACCGCCUCGAAUCCCGCCGGAGAGCAACAUUCGGAAGGGCCGCAGGAGGUACCAGUACCUCCAGCACCAACGAGCCACCCCAACCUGAGAUUAUCCCCAUUCAACGUGACACUGAGCCAUCAGGUUCCUCUUCUUCGCCAGUGUCCUCCUCAUUCAUUACUGCCACUGCCACUGCCACUGCUUUGUCUUCCGCCACCACUCCGUCAGCCAGUAACCACGAAAAGAACUUCAAGGAGCAGCAACGGCGGAGACUUAUGUAUCUCCAGGAAACUAGGCAGAACCAGCAGCAACACAAGCGGCAAACGCAGAGCCAGGUCGGUAUCCACCCGCUCUCAAAGUCAUUCACUGCCAACGCCAAGAACCGCGAAGUGCUUGACCUAGACACCCCGCCCCCUCCGUCUCACGUUUUGUCCUCUCCGUCGAACGAGGCGCAUACUGCUGCUAGUAUUUUAGAGCAACAGGUACAACAGGAGCAUCAACAGGCUCAACAGGCGCAGAAGUCUCAACAACAUCAGCAGCAGCCUCAGCAACAGCAGGGGCACCGGCAGCAACAAGACGAUAACGAGAUCGCGAUCAGAGAAGAGAGCCUAGAACUUCUUGAGAAUUUGGCCUCGAUUGCCUCUGACGACAUGAACAGAGGUAACAAUGGCGGCGGCGGUGCCUUUGGCCGCAAUGACAGAGAUGACGGCAGCAACAACAACAACAACAACCACGGUAACAACAGCAACAAGAGACGUGCAGAGGUAGACUUAGAGAGACCUACCACUCGUCGACUAUUCUCUGGCAUCACAACACCAGGAAGCAUGUCUGGCUCUGUCUUUGGUUCGUCUGACUCCGUCUUUGGCCCGUCUGGCUCUGGCGUGGACGUUGGUCCGCAUGCCCCGGUCUCGGGCGCUUCACCCCCUCAGACCCCGACGCGUCCUGCUUCUUUUGACGUUAGAGAGGGACCGGGUAGUGGUGGUGUUGCUGGUAAUCGUGGCGGUGAAAGCCCUUUUUCACCGUUCAGCCGUGGGGCAUCUCCUAUGCCCCAAGCCCCCUUUUCUCAAGCUCCAAAUUUCUUCGACCAACCUCGUACUCCCGGUGCUGUGACCAUGACGGGAGCUGCUCGGCAGAGGGGACAAGUGGCUCCGGAGAGAGGAGAGAGAGCCGGAAGUGUGGCUUCCGUGACGAGCAUCACCUCGCGGAACGGACCCCCGAUGGCUAACCCGAGUUUGCCUAAUUUGCCUCCUGAUGGAACCAACUGGCUCACCGGUCGCAUCGUCGUCGUCUCCGUCGGUGCCGAGCGCCGCAAAUGGAAUGUUCACGAACAGCUCCUCAGUUAUAACUCCCCGUACUUCAAGCGUCUCUUCAACCCCGAGCCCGAGCUCGUUGAAGGCUCCUCUUCCUCCUCCGGUGAUAAUCACAACCAAAGCACCGCCGCCGCAAACGCGGCACCCGGAGAACCGAUCGAGGAAGUCCACCUCCCCGCCGCCGAACCGAAGCUUUUCGCCCUCUUAAUCCGCUGGCUCUACGGCACAGCUUUCGCCACCUCAGGUGGCCAAAAGGUCUUCAAAUUCCCCCCUCCCCAACUCAACCAAGUCACCGUGCGCGACUACCUCGGCCUAUACAUCCUCGGCCAAACCGUCCAGCUCCCGGGUCUGCGUAACGCCUGUAUCGAUGUUCUUUACCACUACUACGCCGCUGAGACCGAAGAGGUGCGCGUGCCCGACUUGCACGACGUGCAAUACAUCUUCGAGAAUACCAAGCAUGCGCCGGAUUCACAGAUGAGAAGGCUGUUAGUUGCUCAUUGCAUGUUUCAUCUCUUCGGCGCGAAGAGGAGGGGCCCAUUGCCCCCCGACUGGCAGGAGGUUAUAGAGCCACGGUGCACGGUGUCGUUCGAGAUGUUCAAGAUGUUGGCGGAUUGGAAGUGGGUGAUUGGCGAGAAUGUGCCGACCAUGAAGAUCAAAGCUAGACAUGCAUUUCAUGAGAAGCCGCGGCCCGAGGAGCUGUUGCCGUGGCAUAAGGCGCAGACCCAGGACGAGGCGGGGAUGCCGCUUGUGGGGGUGGUGAAAGCUGAGCCGGUUGAUGAGUAG